AUGUCAAGGGAUGCACAAGACGUGUGGACUCUGAAGGAGAAGGAGGUCGCCAUGUUCACGAAGCUGCUGAUGCUGCCGCCACGACACGUGCUGGAUCAUGGCUGGCCAUCGUCAAAGUGGCUGGAAAAACAGGAAUUCAAGAUAAAGAAUGGAUUCGAGGGCGAGAAAGGUGGCUGGUACCGCCUAACGAAGCGCCUGGAGCGAGAUAUGUCGACCAUCCAACAGAUGCGGGUCCUCUUGGCCGAGGCCACGGGAUUCCAGAAGAACAAAGUGCUGCCGCCGCGGGUUGAUGUGUGUUGGGUUCAUCGGAGCCUGUCGCCCUUCGUCAUACACGAGGUCUUUGAGUGCCUGGCCGAGGAGGUGACGUUCAAGACGGACGUGGUCCGCAGCUAUCGCGGUAUUGGGCAGACGGCGGGUCUAUCCGGGUUUGUAGAUCGCAUGACGGGCAUCAACAGCCUCUGGCUUAGUGAGGACGAAUUCGAUGAGACGUUCUGCCAAGACCAGGAGGGAGGAUGCGGGACCAAGGCCUCCCCAGACGCCAGCCGGUUCCUACCGCUACUCAAUGCCAUGCCGAGGAGAGCGCAGGACAAGCAGGGGCGCAGAGACCGCAGCAAGCCGCGACCUCGGCGAAGCUGCGAAGCCUGCGUGCUUGCCUUUGUUGGUGCACGAGGGAGGUUGCUGUCGGACCUCCGAGCACAGCUGCUCGCGCGGUCUCGGGUCGGCGGGAAGAUGCCUAGGUUACUACCCUUUGUCGAUGCAUGGAUACGCCACUUUGGCAGCACACGCGCAAAGCGGCUGCGCCUCCAGAGCGAAGACCUGUCAGGUCAAAUCGAGGCCGUCUUGCGCCACGAUGCAGACGAGCAACGGCAGAAUCGGCGAGGCAAAAAGGCACACAAUUCUAAGGGCCGCUCGGGUCAGGAUAGCCUCGGGGACUCGGCAAGAACCGCCGAGGGCGAAGACAAUGAGCUGGCUGGAUCGGAUCCAAGCGGCUCGGGCGUCCCACUACUGGAGAACCGUGUGGCCAGCACGCCUACCGCAAGGCCGCGAAGAGAUCGAGAGGCUAGGAAUCACUUUGCGGACGAAUGCUUUGGAAGCCAUUACCCCCAGGGGGUUGACGACUGUGAUGAUGGUCAGUACGUACCUACAGGCCCCGUUCCGUCGGACCCCAUCGUCGGUGGCUAUGCAGCACAGCAGGAGCGCUACGGUAUUGGUGACGGUUGUUAUCAUAGCAUCUAUUAUGACAACCCUCACGGCUACAGUCAUCGGGAGUACAAUAGCCAACCUGACGAUGACGCAGCGUUCAGCGACGAUGACUAUGACGGGCAGUAUACCCAACUGGGAGAGAACACUUCGGUUCGCCGGUUCGAGGAACGCAACGAUUACGAAGUGGAUGAGGACCAACAGUAUGUUGGUCCGCGGUCGCACUGGCGUGUGCCAAACAAGAAGGAGGAAGAAGAGGCCGCCGCCGAUGAAGAGAUGGAGCACGACGAAACAUGGGAUGUCCAGACUAGACUGCGAGAGUGGAGCUCUCGGCGUCAACUAGGCACAGAGACUACCGUGCCUUUUGACGACAAGCCGUUGAUGGCAUCUCAUACGAACCCUGGUGGUGAUGGUCUCGAGUCUACUUCAGCAAGCCACAAGGGGGCAUACGAACCCUCCUCAAACAGGACCAUGACGAACCUGAGCGCCAUCGUGCCGCCUCUCAGGCUGCGGGGCACCGGUGCCGACGGGGUUGCCGCCGAAGCGGACGAGGACGACGGAUACGAGUCGGACUCGUGGCGGUCUGCGUCUGUUAUGACCUGGGUGCAGAGCAGCCGGCAACCAGCAGCAUCGAUGGACGUGCCACCCGUGCCCAGGAUACCGUCCCAAUAUCAUGAGAGACGCUGUUCAAAGUUGCAGCAUAGCAUCGACCGCAACAGCUUCUAUCAACUACAGACUGCGUCUUCGAUAUACUCGGACAACGACACGGCGUCCACGGCUUCUUCGGUCACGGUCUACACCAACAUCAACAAGCCGGCCUCGACGCAUCUGCCCAUCCCGUUCAGAGAUCCUUUCGCCCAAGGCCAACAUAACAGCGGCCGCGCCAAGUCCAUAGUGUCCGAGGUCUCGGUGAGAACCCCAGUUCCGGCGAGGCGCAAUAACCAUCGUGACAGGCGCUGA